AUGAAGUUAGAGGGACUGAAAUUGUCCUCCCAUCAGCAAGUUAUUUUUCCAGAUCAUAUUCAGGUUCCUGAAGAAUUAAGAAUUGGAUUGACUUUCGGUAGCUUGGAUGGUGCUUUAGUACCAAGCAAAAAUAUGAACAAGGACUCUACGCGUGUGGCUCCCAUUGUGCUGAUUGGCCAGGAUGCUGCUGGGGAGCCACCUUUAUGUGAUCAACCUGCAGGCCCAGCUGUCGAAGGAGAUGUUUCUGCUGUUAAUGGUUUUGGUGUUGUACACCUUCUGCAAGUUGAAGCAGCUGAGGUGCCCAGCUCAGUUCCAUCAACAUCGAGUUCAUCACAACCUGCUCAGCCUGUAGGCACUGGACAGAAUUCUGUUGAUGUUGCUCGUGGUGUAAAAGACAAGCGGACUGGCAAAGCAAAGAGAUACAGAUUCGUAAGGUUUGCCAAUCCAUCGGACCUUACUGGAGCACUGAAGGAGAUGAAUGGUUUGAAGUGGGUGAUCCUGGUUACUGGCAUCAUCAUAAAAUUUUCUGAUGUAUUUGAUUUGGAGCAUUUCAAGACAGCUGUGGAGAUUGAUGUUAGAAUUGUGUCUCUUCACUUCCGUCUACUCAAGUUGAACAAUUGCAUAAAAUCUUCAAGCUUUGCGGCUCUCCACCCGAUGAAUACUGGAAACAGUCCAGACUUCCACUUGCCACCAUGUUCAAGCCUCAGCAACCUUAUGAAAGUACACUCCGAGAAAGAUUUGGAAGCACAGAGCGAGCUUCUGGAGCAACAAGAAAUCAAAGAAGAAGCCGAAGAAGUGUUCAAGAACCAAAUAUUUUCUUCAAAGUUGUUCCAACAGAGGUCUUUAUCCAUCUACACUGUUGCAUUCAUGCUUGAGGCCAGUAUUCAAGUUGCUCGAAGAAGCAAUUCUGGUGGUAACACUAUUCUGACAGGGAAAGGAGCAACUGUAUCUCGGAUGUCACUGAAACCUUCUGAUACAGUGUCGGAGGCUUCUCAAAUGAGGAAGAAUCUAACGAUGAAACAAAAACAAGAUGCGUCGAGGAAGAUAUACAGCAAUGCCACUUCAAGAAGUCAUAAGCUGACUUCACAUGAUCCACCCAGCGUAUUGCAAGUUGACACCACGUGGGACUCAGAAGGGCAAGAGGCUGAUGAUUUCUCAAACAGGACAUUCAAUGAUGUCGGAGGCACAGAUGAGAAUGCUUGCGCCAUGCACAAGCAACAGCUAAGGCCUCAAAGAUUAGAAACCUUUGAUUCAACGGGUUUGAGAAGACUUUUCAGCGGGAAGAUGCUUUUUGUCACGGGGGCAAAACUUUGA